AUGUCAAAUAGAAAGUAUGAAUCUGGUUAUGAAAAAUUGAAGAAAAAUCGAAAAGUUGAAAAACCAAUUGAUUCUCAACGUGGUGGUCUUGAUAAAUUUGUUAUUGUUCAUAAAAAGGACACAGAAGCAAGUUUAAUAGGUGAAAAUAUGAUAGAACAACCACCGUUAGAUAAUACUAAAAAAGGUGUAGAACAAACACCUAGAGAUGAUAUUAACAAUGGUGAAAACGUGAUAGAAGAACCACGUAUAAAUAAUAUUGACAACACAAAUAGUCAUAAUUUUGAUCAAAAACUAGAAGAUAAUAUUUUAGAAAUAGAAGUAGAAGGGAACGUUGAGCAUAAUAACACUUCUAGUGAAGUACCUACAAAUAUUUAUGAUCCAGUACUAUGGAAAAAUAUUGAUGAAAAAUUUAGAAAUUUAAUGAUAGAAAAGGGUCCUAUUAGACAUGAUAAUUUUCAAUAUUCAAAAGAUGAAAAUAAAAUAUGUUUCUAUUCAUCAUAUUAUCAACGAACACUAUCAAAUGGAGAAAAACAUGAUAGAAAAUGGCUAGUUUAUUCUAAAUAUUUAGACAAAGUGUAUUGUUUUUGUUGUAUGUUAUUUGGUUCAACAAAUGUUAGUUAA